CCGGGGCUGCGGUGGCGGCUGUCGCGGAACCAGGCAGAAGCCCGCAGGUGCCCGGCUCCGGGGCCGCCGGGACCCGGGCAGGGCGGGCCCCGGGCUCCUCCAUGCUACCAGCCCCGGGGCUGCGGAGGUGGCCGGGAGGUGCCCGCGAUGGCGGCAGAAGAGGAGGCUGCGGCGGGAGGUAAAGUUCUACUGGAGGAAAACCAGGGCAUUGCUCCUGUGGUUUCCAGUCAUGUGAGCCCAGGGAUGAAACCAGCAGUGGUUGGGCCCUUCAGCUCACAUGUGAUGGAAUUUCCAAGAAAACGCAAAGGAAGUGAUUCGGACCCCUCCCAGUCAGAAAUCAUGACAGAAAAAGUGGUGGAAAAGCUUUCUCAGAAUCCCUUUACCUAUCUUCUUUCAACAAAGAUAGAAAUAUCAGCACCCAGUGGCAGCAGAGAAGCUCAUAGCCAAACCGAAAAGCGGAGAAGAGAUAAAAUGAACAACUUGAUUGAAGAACUGUCUGCCAUGAUCCCUCAGUGCAAUCCUGUGGCCCGUAAACUGGACAAACUCACAGUUUUAAGAAUGGCUGUCCAGCACCUGAAGUCUGUAAAAGGCAUGACAAAUUCUUAUUUAGGAGAUCACUAUAGACCUUCAUUUAUUCAGGAUAAUGAACUCAGGCACCUAAUCCUUAAGACUGCAGAAGGCUUCCUGUUUGUGGUUGGAUGUGAAAGAGGAAAAAUUCUCUUCGUUUCUAAGUCAGUCUCCAAAGUACUUAAUUAUGAUCAGGCUAGUUUGACGGGACGAAGUUUAUUUGACUUCUUACAUCCAAAAGAUGUUGCCAAAGUAAAGGAACAACUUUCUUCUUCUGAUAUUUCACUAAGAGAGAAGCUAAUAGAUGCCAAAACUGGUUUGCCUGUUCACAGUAAUUGUCACGCUGGAAGGACACGUGUGUAUUCUGGCUCCAGACGAUCUUUCUUCUGCAGAAUAAAGAGCUGUAAAAUCUCUGUCAAAGAAGAACACGGAUGUUUACCCAACUUAAAGAAGAAAGAUCAUAGAAAAUUCUGUACCAUCCACUGCACUGGUUACCUGAGAAGCUGGCCUCCAGAUAUGGUUGGAAUGGAAGAGGAGAGGGACAACAAGAAAGACAACAGUCAUUUUACCUGCCUCGUUGCCAUUGGAAGAUUGCAUCCGUAUAUUGUCCCACAGAACAGUGGAGAAAUUAAAGUGAAACCAACUGAAUUCAUAACACGGUUUGCAAUGAAUGGAAAAUUUGUGUACGUAGACCAAAGGGCAACAGCCAUUUUAGGAUAUUUGCCUCAGGAACUUUUGGGAACUUCUUGUUAUGAAUAUUUCCAUCAAGAUGACCAUAGUAACCUGACUGACAAGCACAAAGCAGUUCUACAGAGUAAGGAGAAAAUAUUUACAGACUCAUACAAAUUCAGAGUGAAAGAUGGCUCCUUUGUAACUUUAAAAAGCCAGUGGUUUAGUUUCACUAAUCCUUGGACCAGAGAACUAGAAUAUAUUGUGUCUGUCAACACACUAGUUUUGGGGCAUAGUGAGACCAGAGGAGCAUCAUUAUUUCACUGCAGCUCUCAAUCAUCAGAAGAAUCCCCUAAGCAAUCUUGCAUCCAUGUGCCUGGAAUGUCUACUGGAACUGUACUUGGCGCUGGCAGUAUCGGAACAGACAUUGCAAACGAAGUUCUGAAUUUACAAAGGUUACAGUCUUCGUCCUUUGAUGAUUCAAGUCCAACAGAGCCAAUGAGAGAUAAUCACACUGUCACGUGCAGGAAUAUGUCAAAUCAGGAGUUGUUUUCACUGAGUCCUUCAGAAACAGGGGAGCUGGAGACAACCAGGCAAAGCCAGAGCACUCACGAACCUCUCCUCAGUGACAGCGCACAGCUGGAUUUCGAUGCCCUGUGUGACAAUGAGGACACAGCCAUGGCUGCUUUCAUGAAUUACUUAGAAGCAGAGGGGGGCCUAGGAGACCCUGGGGACUUCAGUGACAUCCAAUGGACACUCUAGCAUUUGACUUCUGUCUCCAAAAAUGAGAAACAUUUUCAAGCAUUUCAUUUACAAAACACUGUCUCUUCUUCAGUACUGUGUGGAUACUACUGGUUUCAUGUUUUCUUAAUGAUCUCCCAGUUUUUAUAGAUUUGCACCUUACUCUCAACAGGGAGGUUGGAAAAUAUAUUUUCCUCCAAAGAGAACUGAUCAGUUUAUUAUCACCCCCUUUAUGCCAUGAAAUAGCUUAAAACCCACUAGCUGCCGUAUUUUUAACUAAAAUAUUUCUGACCAAUACCACCACAUACAUGUUGUUUUGACUUUAUUAUUUUUUUUUAUGUGGUUUUGAGUUUGGAAAAUUUAAUGUGGACAUUUUCCUGUGUCUAAGAUUUAUUUACCACAGAUUUGUGAUAUAGGUUUGUGUAAUUUGGAACAUUUCCAUUUCUUGAGCAUUUCCUUAAUUGAGGAUAGGGCAUUCGUUCUAAGAAAACAGGGAGUGCUUGUACGCUUAAAGGGACAGUGCAACUUGUAAUCAUAAUCUUGAUGAAUACUAUAAUCAAUCUUUGUAGAAUUUGGCAAGAACACAGCCAGGAUAUUUAUGCUCAGCCAAGCACUUUCAGAUGAAUUUUAAGUGAGAUGACUUCUUAUUUAAAACAGAAAAAAUCCAAAAAAACAGUUUCAACUUUGUUUACAGAAAAGGAAGAAUCUUCGGUCCUAGAUCUUGUUGAUUAACAAAACUAGCUCUUAAUAUAAACACUCAAGAUUUUCAUUACAGAUAGAAUAGACUUUUGCUGUUGAAACAUGGUUAGGAAGAAAUAGGUCCAGGCAGAUUAAGUGUCCUGGGUAAAGGGCUGGGCACAGUGGCACACUCUUGUAAUCCACUGGUUUGGGAGGCUGAGACAGGAGGAUUGAGAGUUCAAAGCCAACCUCCGCAAAAGCGAGGCACUAAGCAACUCAGUGAGACCCUGUCUCUAAAUAAAAUACAAAAUAGGGUGGGGGAUGUGGCUCAGUGGUUGAGUGCCCCUGAGUUAAAUACUUGGUACCCCCCCCAAAAAAAUGUCCUGGGUAAAGUCAUACAUUAAAUUCAUGGAUUUUAAAGUGUUUAAUAUGUAUAAGCUAGUUUCUUUAUACAUAUUUGCAAAGCAAUGGCCUCACUAGCUAAAUGACUAAUUGAUCCAGGAAAUAGUUGUAGUUUUCUAGGUAGUUUCAGUUAUGCCUGUAAGGAAAAAGUAAUGAAGUAAAUAUUCAGUACAUUUUUUUAAUCAAGGCAAUGAGAAUGCAUUUUAAAACCAAUUUUCUAGUUACAAUUAAAAUUUUGGAAAGCAUUAUUUUAAAUAGUAAUUAAUCCAGAAGUAGCUCAAAUUGAGUAUAAGAACUAAGAUUAAUUAAAAUUCUAUAUACCUACCUUCUUGGGAAUCAUACUUUUAUAAAUACCUGUGUUUUAAUAUCUCUUUACAGAUUACCAAAUGAGUUCCUAUGUCUUUUUUUUUUUUUUUUUGUAUUUUACAAACAAAAGAAGGAUAGGCUGGAAAACUAAGAGGGAAGUCCUCAGGCCCCAAUGAAGGGUUCAAAUCCACUUUUCUCCAUAUGGUGCUACACCCUUCCAGCAAAUUUCCCUCUGAGCCCCUCACAAAAGCAAUGUAUUACUUUGACCUUCAUGAUAUUUCUGGAGGCCGUAAGUGAUAAAUGAGAAUUUUCAUCAGAUGUGUUAAUGACAGACAUACCAACAGGCAAUCACCCAAAGCAAAUGUUUCUUUCAAGUGUAGUUGAGGAUGUACUGGCACAUUGUGCUCUUGAGCGCAUACCGUGUUCCAGCAACAUCAGGGGUCAGCACCCUUCUUGGGCUGACAUUUGAGGCCUUGAGAGACAUCCAGGUUUAUAACACGCCAAAGAAACCCUUCAAGGUGAGGGAGGGUUGAUGUGCUGCAGCCCCAGCACUACAGCUAAGUUGAAAGAAGCAUGAAAGAUCACAUGGGCCCCUCUGCCUGCCCACCAACAGAGCUGUUUUUAGGGAACUGCACCAUUGCAGGUUCCUGGUGGUAGGUUAUAUCAUCACUAUGGGAUGGCCUCAAAAAUAGGAGGGGCAAACCCUCAUGAUUCGAGGGGCAGAGAUUCUGGAUGCAGCCCUUGAUGCCUUGAACAGCAGGAGUUUUUUAUUGCAAAAGAAGGGGUUAUUCCAUAGGCCAACAGGCAGGUAGCCCUUGGAAUGCUCUGGGCAUAUACAUUUUUAAAUUUUAUUUAUUUAUUUUUUUUUUAGCCCACUCUAAUUUUUUCCGCAGAUUCUCUUGUCCUGGACCCAGAAUCCAGCCAAUCCAUGCUUUAUAUGGUACUGUGGUUCUCCCAACUUUAGUGUAUUCUCCAAAAUUCAUUCAAUUAGGACUAAAAUAUUUGUAUGAAUUAUGCAUAUUACUAUUGUCUCCUAUAAGUUAACAUCUUGAAUUUUGGUGAGAAAUAACACAUCUAUAAAUUGCAUGAAAAUAUCAAAGACAGUAAUUUUUUUCUUAACUCUGAGAGUUACCUCAGAUUUUGGAGUAGAAAAAUGUUUUCUUCUUAAGCAUAAAGCAAACAAAAAAAUUAGGGGGAAAAUUGACAUAUUUAACCAUGCAAAAAUUAAAGAAUAUUGUGUUUGGACUUUAAAGCAGGUGGGCCAUUUUGAUCUGGUAAUUAGACUUAUAGAAAUUCAUCCUAAACAGAAUCAGAGGCACACAGCCUCUGAUUCUGUAACAUCAUAUCAGAGUGGGAAGAGUCCCUGUGUAGCCAGGGACUAUGUAGCCAGAGUCCCUCUGUAGCCAUUUAAAACUCUGUGCCUCAGUUUCCUCACUUAUUUAAAAAAAAAAAAAAAAGUUUGCUUUCUGAGUUUACUCCCAGCUGUGACUCUGAUUCUAAUCCAGAACUUAAGCACUGGGGUAGACCUAGAACUGGACUGUCCUUUACUGUAGCCACUUGCCACAUGUGGCAUUGAACACUUGCAACGUGGCUGUUACAAACUGAGAGGUGUUAUCAAAGUAAAAUACAAACCAGAUUUGUAUUUUACAAUACAAAUUAUAAAAUUUGUAUUGUAAAACAUGCUGGGGCUGCAGCAUGUCAGACUUAGUAUGUGAAUGUAAAAUAGCAUGUUAAUUUUAUAAUGAUUACAUAUUCAAAUGUUAUUUUGGAUAUACUGAAUUAAGCAAAACAUUACAAUUUUACUUGUAUCUUUUUACUUUAAUGUGGCUACUAAAAAAUUUUAAAUCACACAUGUGGCUCUCAUUCUUUCUUUUGGACAGUGCUGCUCUAGAUCAUUUCAUCAAGUGGAUAUUAUUAAAGUAGACCAAAGUUCACACCAUCAGGAUGAUAUUUACCUCUAAAUACUGUUUGAAAGAUAUUUAUUGAUCUUUUUCAGACCACUAGUGUUAAUGUCUAUUUGCCUACUGUUAAACAGUCAACCUGAUUUAUUGAUCCUUGAUUAAGUACAAGUAACUGAGCCUCUAGUCAUGUGCCAGAUUUAAAAAUUUGAUCAGACAUUUUACUACAUGAUGGUAGCCUACAGUCAAAUAAAAUUUGAGUUAUAGGUUGACACCAUCUGGUUGUCACUGAAUUUGAAAAUCCUUUGGGAAAUAGGAAAAUACUGAGUGGAGAAUAUUAGUGAAUAAUGAAAUUGAAGGGAAGUGUGUAUCUACAGUGACAACAGAAAAGGCCAUAUUACUUUUGUCUCCUAUAAAUUAACUUCUGUUCUUGAGUCCCGUUCUGUGGAGGGAGUCUGGGGCACCAGUAUGUGGACUAUCCCAUGCCUAGUUACCAGACUGUGUUUGGUGGUUUCUGUUUCAGAUCCUGCUUUAGAGCUGUGCUUGCCAUUCAGGUAGGUCAUCGCUGAGCUCUGGAAUUAAGAGACUCAGAUUUGCCCAACACUGUUCAGGGCAGAGCAGGGUUGACAGCAUUGUCAAGAAGCCAUAAAGAAAAACAGCUAAGUGGCCACUAGGUGCCACCUUUCCUUUCUCACAGUGCUAUGUUUUGAUGACAUUAAUUUUCCCAAGCUCCCUGGGGCCUGUGAGAGACAUUAUUUAAGAUUUCUGUGCCUAGAAUGAGUCAGCUUCUCCGGUGUGGGUUGGUUGAUGAGAAAUGCUUUCCAAGGGAGGUCUGGGGGGCGCCUUCUCACAUAAUAUAAGAACUUUGGUGUAGGGAGCUUCCCAGAUGUGCUGCUAGUGAGAACUGACCUUAGCAAACCCGUCCAGUCUGGGGUAGGCUCUCUGAACCCGAUGCUCAUAUAUGUUCUCAAGUGUAGAUUUGCCUUUUAUACAGUUUUUAGCUCUCUCCAGUUCACUUGCUCUUGUCUGUAUAUUGAUAUUUUUAAAAUUUUGUGGUAAAUAAUAGUGAAAUUAAAUUAUAUUUUAUAAUAA